GGGCAUAGCAACAAUCAAACCUGCACUUGCAACUCGAGACAUGCCUUUCUUCAACUGCCUUCUCUGAUCCCUGCACGCGACUCUGUCUGCAUCCAGCAAACAUCCAUACCAGUCAUAUUUAUUUCCCCUGUUGUCUGUCGGUGAAUGCUGCAUACGACCACUUUCCCUCCUACCUCCCAAACCCUGCAUCCCGCCUCUUUCAUUGUGACCCUCUUCCAAUUGUCACUUCGCCCACCUACCAACAGUGAAUGACCAACGGUACAUGAUCAUCAACACAGAUUAUUCGUGUCAGAACUUGAAGAAACACAAAAAGCAUGGGUCAGACACUGUCCGAACCUGUGGUCGAAAAGGUAUCCGACAGCGGCGCCGAUGAACUUCUCAUAUAUGGCCUUUCGGCCAUGCAGGGAUGGCGCAUAUCCAUGGAAGAUGCCCACGCCGCCGUACUCGACCUGCAAUCUGAAGAGAAUGGCAAGCCACAAAAGUCAGAUGCCAACAAAAGAUUAGCAUACUUCGGAGUCUACGACGGCCACGGGGGUGAGAAAGUCGCGCAGUUCGCAGGCGAGAAUAUACAUAAAAUCGUGGCAAAACAGGAGGCUUUCUCGAAAGGAGACAUGGAACAGGCUCUGAAAGAUGGUUUCCUUGCCACAGAUCGUGCAAUACUGAACGACUCAAGGUAUGAAGACGAGGUCUCCGGAUGCACCGCGUCCGUUGGCGUCAUUUCCCGGGACAAGAUCUGGGUGGCCAAUGCUGGAGACUCCCGUACGGUCCUCGGUGUCAAAGGAAGAGCGAAGCCGCUGUCGUUCGAUCACAAACCACAGAACGAAGGCGAGAAAGCUCGUAUAAGCGCCGCUGGCGGAUUCGUCGACUUUGGUCGAGUCAAUGGAAACCUUGCCCUGUCACGUGCCAUUGGCGACUUCGAAUUCAAGAAAAGCGCCGACCUUUCACCAGAGCAACAGAUCGUCACGGCCUUCCCAGAUGUCAUCACUCACGAGAUCUCGAGUGACGAUGAGUUUCUGAUCAUUGCUUGCGACGGUAUCUGGGAUUGCCAAUCUUCACAAGCUGUUGUUGAAUUUGUGCGAAGAGGAAUAGCCGCAAAACAAGAGCUGCACCAAAUUUGUGAGAACAUGAUGGAUAAUUGCCUGGCCUCCAAUAGCGAGACCGGAGGGGUUGGUUGCGACAACAUGACCAUGAUCGUCAUCGGUCUUCUGAACGGCAAAACGAAGGAAGAGUGGUACGAGAUGAUCGCCAAACGUGUGGCAGAUGGUGAUGGUCCAUGUGCGCCACCAGAGUACGCUGAAUUCCGUGGUCCUGGUGUCCGGCAUCAGUUCGAUCACGACAGCCCGGACGAGUAUGAGCUUGAUUUGGACCAUCGAUCGAGGCAAUUCGGGGGCCGCAGCGGCAGGAUUAUUCUGCUUGGAGACGGGACUGAGGUCUUGACAGAUUCAGACGAUACGGAAAUGUUUGACCAAAGCGAAGAAGACAAAGACACGGCGAAUCAAGUAAAGAAAUCAACUUCUGAUACUUCUGAAGAGGAUUCAGCUCGAAGCGAACGAGAAGGCACACCAGCACCACAAUCGGCCAGCGACGAAACCCAGCAAUCGAGCCAUCAAGAUGCUUCUCAUGGACCACAGACGGAAAUCAAAGGCGUUGUCGAUGAGCCGACGAACAAGUAGUUGGACAAGGGUACCCCUCCCUCGACUAAAUGAGAUACCCGUUACCCGCGGUGCUUUGAAGAAGGAUAUCUUUGCAAUGCAAGCAACGACUGUUUAGAACCGCAUGGAAGGGUUGGCUGUUGGGGACUUGUUUCAUGUGGCCAUGUUUCCAUACUAGUGAGAUACAGCAAGAAGAGCGGAGGACAGACCGGUGCUUUUAACCUGUGCAUGUUGGGGUGGGCUGGUAAGACGUGUCGAUUGUCCUAGUUCCCAGACUCGUCUUCUUUUAUCCCCGGCCUUCUGUGUUUUUGUUCGCUCGUAGCCCAAGCCAAGCCAGCGCAGGUGUGCCUGGUGCAACAAGGCUGAGACGGGGUGGGAGUUUCCCUCGAUUGCUGAGCGGCCGGUUUCCCAAACGGCAUGACGUCGAAAUGCAGCUCCGCCAACAAGAUGAUGAAUGGAGUUCAGUAUCUCGUAGAAACAGGGCCAAUGCACAUGCAAGUGACGGC